UGAUGGCACUCACCCAGAGGAUGACAAAGAUGCCUCCCUCAGUGUCUAUGUGACUCCUGACACACAGGAGCAGUACAGGGGGGACACACCUCGAGGUCACUCCCAUACUCAGACAACCACCGGUAAGACCACUCAUGUCCAGGAGGGACAGCACCCCAGUCACAGCAUGGAGCGAGAGACCAGGGGGCAUAGCCAUGGGCAUUCCCAUGGGACGGCAGACAUGAGGAAUGCUGGAAUAACCAAUAUCGCCUGGAUGGUCAUUGUUGGCGAUGGUGCCCACAACUUCACAGACGGCCUGGCGAUUGGAGCUGCGUUUUCCACAGGGAUGUCGGGAGGUUUAAGUACCACCAUCGCCGUGUUUUGUCAUGAGCUUCCCCAUGAACUGGGUGAUUUUGCAGUGCUACUGCGAGCAGGGCUCACACUCAGACAGGCUGUAGUGUUUAACCUGGUGUCAGCUCUCAUUAGUUACCUGGGUUUGGCUGUUGGAAUUGCUAUUGGCCAGCACACUGCCUACAUAACACCCUGGAUCUUUACUGGAACUGCAGGCAUCUUCCUUUAUGUGUCUCUGGUUGACAUGCUCCCAGACAUGAUACACGUGCAGACAGAGAGCAGGGAGCACAGUCCACUCGGGACGUUUCUCAGUCAGAAUCUCGGCUUCGUGCUCGGUGUUGGGACCAUGCUCUGCAUCGCCCUGUUUGAGAACAAGUUACAGAUAGACAUCAGCUUUUAGGUGGCGUGAAACCGGACAGGAGUGGGACAGAAAAUGAUCUCAGGUCGUCUCUCACAAAGUGGGAUCUUCCUAUUCUCAAACACAUUGUGGCUCCUUCCCACCGACUUGGCCGCUCCUGCAGUCCCGAGGGUUGGCACACCCUGCCUUUCUCAAAAACUUGCCCGGCCGCCUGGACACGACAUCGGGAAAUGUGCUGCCUUCAGAUGCCAAGAGACCUAAUUGAACUGUCUUCCUUUCAGUCUCUGCACCUACAGACUUUCCCAGACAUUCCCUGGCCUCUGUACAGUGUAACUAUGUUUACUUUGAAAUUUCACAUCUCUGGCCAGGAUGCCACAUGCAUGAGCAAGGAGGUGGGUGGGUGGUGUUAGUGUAUCAUUUGGAGGAAUUAACUCAACCCAGUGUGUCACCCACACCAGAGAAUCCUGUACCUUAAGCUACGGAAGUUUUAUUCAACACUGUAACACUCUGAUAUACCCCACACCCCUCACUGUAACACACCGAUAUACCCCACACCCCUCACUGUAACACACCGAUGUACCCCA